CACGCUGUUGAUGACCACUCCAUUAUGGAUAUAUAAGCAAAUCUUCAGGAAGACCCUUGGCAUGUGCAAGUGUGCUGGAGAAGCCAGGCUUUUGUUUCUUCAUCUGGCAUAAGAGAACCCUUCCUAACUUCCCCAGGAGGACCCUGGGAGGGUUUGGAUGGGUGGAUAGCAAAGGAAUUGUUUCACCGGCAGUCACCACAGGAGGUCAAGACUGGGCUGGCACUGUUUUCAAUAACAGCCAUUGUGAUCGUGGUCCAAAGUCUGGCAGAAACUUUUUAUAUGUUUGCUUUCGUUUUGUUGUUAGACACCUGGAAUGCCAAGGGCAGUUCUGUGCCAAACCACAAGAAGAAUGAAAGCCCAGGACUUCCCUCAGGUCACCAGCUUCCUUCAGCUUGGGGCAAGAGUAAAAUCUGCCCGAAGGUAGAAGUUUGGGAAUUUCCCAUUGGCUCACAUUUCAAACAAGCUUGUACUUAAUCCUCAGAGCUCAGAGUGAGCAGGGGUGAGUUCAAGAGACACAGGAACAGUGCACUCUGCUGAGAAACACACUAGCGACCACCUGGCUUCCAGUGAGAACAGACAGCCAUAAUGGAGCGCAAACCUCAGAAGAGUUCAGGCAAACAAUUUACAUUCUAUUAUGAAAAUGAAGUCUGCAAACAAGAUUACUUUAUUAAGUCACCACCUCCUCAGCUUUUCUUCUCUGCGACCUCUUGGAAAAAGCGGUUUUUCAUUCUGUCAAAGAGUGGGGAAAAGGACUUUAGUCUUUCGUAUUACAAAGACCAUCAUCAUCGAGGUUCUAUUGAAAUUGACCGAAAUUCCAGUGUAGAAGUUGGCAUCAGGAGCCAUGAAAAAAUGCAGUCUGUACAGAAGAUGUUUAAAUGUCACCCUGAUGAAGUGAUGUCCAUCAAGACCACUAACAGGGAAUACUUCCUCAUUGGCUAUGACAGGGAGAAGAUUAAAGACUGGGUCUCCUUCUUGUCAUCACUCUGCCGGCAUAUGAAAGCAGCGCACCAGAAUACAGAGCAGGAGAAACUCUCAUCAGGUGAUAAAAGGCCCUCUUCAGACCCUCUCCUUGGACUUUUCUGCAAGUCAGAGGCUGUCAGCACCACCAUGCCAAGAAACAGUCUUCCAGACAUGCGUUUAGUGAAAGAACAUCCUCCAGGACUCAGAGGAGCUCGCCUAUCGCAUGACUUCUCAUCAGAAAUCUCUCAAGAUUCAGAAGAAGAGAGCCAUUAUAUUAGUCCUCGGAGUAUUCUUUUAGAGUUGGAUAAUAUUAUUGCCGCCAAUGAUUCUGGGGAACUCACUGUCCCCAUUGGACUUCGUAGUCCAGACCAGGUCUCCAAGACAGCUGAGCGUCGUUACAUGUCAAUGAAAUCCUGUCUUCUCAAAGAACUGUCCCUUGAGUCUGUUGAUGGCAAAGAGGAAUUUCAGCCCCUGGCAGAGAUCCAGAAUGGGGAGCUUCAUCAGCAAGAACAAGCCUCGGGAACUCACUUUUAUCUUCCACCUGCCAAUUCCGAAGCACAGACCACGAUUGACACAAAGCAGUCAGCCUCACUAACUGUUGUGCAACUGUCUAUAUUAAUCAAUAAUAUCCUGGAUGAAAGCCAAGUGCAGAAACUGAACAUGUUUCUUUCUCCUCCUGACAUCAAAAAUUAUCUUGUUCUCAAAGAAGCUGCAGGACGGAUAUGUGUGGCUCAGUGGGAUGCGCCCCCGCAUCUGGGAUGCUUAUUUUUUCAUGGAGAUCACCUUUUGGCCGUGAAUGACCUGACGCCCCAAAGCCUAGAGGAGGUCUCCUUGUUUCUCAGCCGGUCCAUCCAGGGGGAGAAAAUAAAACUCACCAUCGGUCGUAUCCCAAAUUCAGAGAAAUUUCACACAACAGCCUGUACAUGCUCCUUACAAGACCAAGGUGUUAAACCUUCUCAACUGGUUACAUCCUCACUGGAGAGGACACUGAAAAGGACUCCAGCCAUUAAAAAGGGUCAGCAGGAAAGAUCUGGAGAGUAAUGUGCUGGGGCCCACCUCCACCAAGCCAGGACAGGCUUUGGACUCUGUGCUGGUCUCUGCCCCUCACCACUGUGUGACACCAGGCAGUCAGCACACCUCUCUGAAUUUUUCCAUCUGCAUCUUAACAAUGGAAAUAACCCUCCUCUCUCUGGCUUUUGCAUCAGGGAUGCUGAGAGGUCCAAAUGGAAUAAUGUCUAUGGAACCCAGUGAACAUGUAAGGCCUUAUUAUCUCAGACUUUGUCCCAAACACCACAGACAGAGAUUGGGUAAGUUUCUCAUCUAAAAUACACUGUGUGUUCUGUGAGGUCAUGGUCCACACAAUCUCUUCUUUGUUAGGGAAUGGACAGUUGGAAAUACUCAUUCCGGGAAGCCAAGAUUCCCCAGGGAGAUGUGAUACCAUAUCGGCCUUCCCAAACACCUCCUGCUACUCAUCAUGUCCAGAAUGUUGAGACAUCAGUGGCCUCUUGGAUUCAAUGAUCGUCUUGUUUUCUUAAAGACUCAGGAAGAAUUUUAGAAGUCAAAACAGUUUGAAGGUUAUAUCCAGCAAAGUUUGCAUGUUCUACAAGUACUAACAGAACUGCUUAGCACUUGAAAGUUUGAAGGGUCUAAACUAAUUGAUGAGCUUCCUAGGUGGCGCUAGUGGUCAAGAACCCACCUUCCAAUGCAGGAGACAUAAGAGACUCAGAUUCAAUCCCUGGGUCAGAAAGAUUCCCUAGAGGAGGGCAUGGCAACCCACUCGAGUAUUCUUGCGUGGAGAAUCCCAUGGACAGAGGCACCUAGCGGGGUACCGUUUAUAGGGUCUCAAAGAGUCAGACACGACUGAAGCGACUUGGCACACACACAACUAAUUGAUGCAUUAACUCAUUGAUCCUGAAAGGUGGGAAGUAUUUUUUCUCAUAAAUAAGAAAACAAAUGCAGAGGACUAAAAAGGAUGAAUCAAAUCAAGGAAUGGUAGAGCCAAAGAGGCCUUUGGAAAAUAGAUCUUACUGGGUUGCCGUUUUACACAGGAAGAUAUAAAGGCCUCCAGUGUUUACUGAUGUAUUUUUUCGUGGCUCCUGGUUUCAUAGCUAUUUAGUGGCAGAACCAAGAAUCUAAAAGCAGAUCUGGCAGAUGUCCUGAUCCUCUCUUUGGACUGGGAUUUAUAUUUGAAAAGACCUUCUGCACAUAGACAGAAAGCACUGGUGGCUCAGACAGUAAGGACUCUACCUGCAAUUCGGGAGACCCGGGUUUGAUUCCUGGGUCAGGAAGAUCCCCUGGAGAAAGGAAUGGCAACCCAUUCCAGUAUUCUUGCCUAGAGAAUCCCAUGGAAGAGGAGUCUGGUAGGCUACUGUCCAUGAGGUCACAAAGAGUCGGGCACAACUGAGUGACCAACACUUCCAGCACAUAAAUGAGACACUCAAAUACAGUUUAUUUUCAGUCAUCUAGAUUGUAUAGAAAACUAUUAACAUUUUUAUUCAUAUGCCCUGUUGGAUCUACUGUUUCUUUCUCUAUUUUUGUAAAGCUCUGUUGGAAUUAAGACUCUACAUUUUUUCCAGUUUUAUUGAGAUGUAGUGGACGUAUAUCAUUGUACUAGUUUAAGGUGUACUGUAUAAUGAUUUGAUAUGUGUAUAUUGACCUACUGUUUCCACUCCUAGAAAUUUAUCCUAUGGAAAUGCUCACACAAAUACACAAAGAUAUCCAUUAAAAAUUUGCUCACAGUAGCAUUGUUUGUUACAAUGCAACAGAAAUCCUUUGGGGAUUGCUUGAUUAUAAUGACUUCAUGUAAGUGAAUGUUCUGUGGAUGUUCGAAGUUUCACAUUUAUGAUUAGGAAAGAUGUUUACAGUACCUUAAGAAUGAAAGGAGCAGGUUAGUACAGUAAGAGCAUCACCACACUUUUACAAAAAUGAUUGGUGUUGGUAUAUGUAACAUUUCCCCAACGCUAAUUAGGGAGAAAAAUUCUUACCUUGCGGGUGUUGUUGUAAGGUUGAAAUGGAUGGUCUGCAUACAGCACCUAACACAUUGCCUGACAGGGAGUGAGCACUUAGUAAAGAUUAGUUCUGCCACUGCUGCUCAAUCGCUUUUUUUUUUGGUUGUUGUUGUUCUUCUUAGAAGAACAUACAUCUAAUUGUCAAUAAGAAUCAUCUCUGAGAAGUAUGAUCACAGGUGGCCAUCGGGGGGAGGCAUUUCUGUAAUGUUUGUAUUGCUUGCUUUCCUUUUUACUAUGAGCAUAUGUUAUGUUUAUAAUGAAAAAUAAAUACAGGUGUAGUAAAUAAAUAAUAUAUGUAUUUAAAUAUAUUUAUGUAUUAAACCUUCAUAAGUAGAAAUCAAGCCAUCUUACUGAAGGAAUUAAAAAACCAUCAAGAUAAAACUGUCUGGGAAUCAACAGUAGGGGCGGAUACACUGCUUUGAAGCCCAGAAGUCCUUCUUCUGUCCUUCUUUUGCCCAGACAUUUAAACUAAGAUGAGAUGGAUGGACAAGCCCUAGCUCACAGGCCCUUCAGCCUCCCCCCACUGCGGGGAAGAAGAGCCUGAAGACUUAGGCACUGAAGUGUCUGUAUGGCUCCCAGAAGUGCCGGGAGGAGUCAGGACUCCUGGCUGCCGGUCCACUCUCUUCCCUGUACCAUGAGGGAGGCGAGCCUGCUCCCAGCCCUCUCUUCCUACCAAAACAUUCCUCCUGAAGCUGAGCCAGCUGGGGUACUUGUCAUGAAGAUUCUGCUCUAGGGGCUUCUCCCACAUGAAUAGGUUUGUUCCCCCAAAGGAAGUCUCAGGGCAGAUUUCAAGGUGUCCCCCAACCCAAGGAUUCUGAUGCAGUAGUUCUGGUAUGGGGUCCUGGAAUCUCCCAUUCUGGGGUGACCAGAUGGCCGGUGCACCAGGGGAGCACUUUGAGGGAGCAUCGCUUCCCUGGAUCACAGGGAGAGGCCUGUGUAUCUUCUGAGAGGCUGCAGAACACGGAACCUGCACAAG